AUGAGCCAACAAUGGCAAAAAUGGAGCACCACUGAUCAUGAGUUGUUUACUAUUCAUUUAGCAAUAAAAAAUUUCAGCCCAUUGGUUGAAGGGAGACAUUUUGCAGUUUAUAUUGACUACAAGCCACUGGUAGCUGUUUUUCAGUGUGAUACUAAUCUCAGCUCAUCACAUCAGUGCAGGCAGGUCAAGUAUAUUGCCCGGUUCUCAAGUGAUGUGCAGCACAUAGCAGGGAAAGACAAUGUGGUUGCAGAUAGCCUCUCUUGGAACUGUGCUAGUUUAAACUCCAUUCAUUGGGCAAAGAUAGUGUUAAAACAACAGAACUGCAUUGCAGCUCAGAUCUGUGCCAGCCAUGGAUGUGCUGGACAGUAUUUGUGCUAUAAUUUAGCACAUCUGGGAGUUCAAGUGACAGCCAAGCUUGUCUCCACUGAAGUUGUGUGGAUGGAAGUGCAGAAAGAUUGUCAUGCAUGGGCAUGUAUGUGCCUGACAUGCCAGCAUAAUAAGAUCAGCAGUCAUGUCUUCACUCCUGUUGCUUACUUCCUGAUGUCGUCAGCUAGAUUUUUGCAUACACAUUUGGACAAUGUAUGGCUGUUACCAUACUCUGUGCACCAACUUUAUUUGCUGAUGAUCAUUGAUCAUUUUACAAUGUGGCCAGAGGUCAUUGGGAUAUAA